CCCAGAAGAUUAAUGCUGGUGGAGAAACCCAGGCUGAUGGGACCUGCAAACCUACAGAUGAGAAAGAGGAGACUGUUGCAGCAGAAGUGGGCUGGAUGACCUCUGUGAAAGACUGGGCAGGAGUGAUGAUAUCUGCCCAGACUCUAACCGGCAGAGUCCUCGUUGUCUUAGUCUUUGCUCUUAGUAUUGGUGCUCUUGUAAUAUACUUCAUAGAUUCGUCAAACCCAAUAGAAUCCUGCCAGAAUUUCUACAAAGAUUUCACAUUACAGAUAGACAUGGCUUUCAACGUGUUCUUCCUACUCUACUUCGGCUUGCGUUUCAUUGCAGCCAAUGACAAGCUGUGGUUUUGGCUGGAAGUUAACUCAGUAGUAGAUUUCUUCACAGUCCCUCCUGUGUUUGUGUCAGUGUAUUUAAACAGGAGUUGGCUUGGUUUAAGAUUUUUAAGAGCCCUUAGACUGAUACAGUUUUCAGAAAUUUUGCAGUUUCUGAAUAUCCUAAAAACAAGUAAUUCCAUCAAGCUGGUGAAUCUGUGCUCUAUAUUUAUCAGCACAUGGCUGACAGCAGCUGGGUUCAUACAUUUGGUGGAGAACUCAGGGGAUCCAUGGGAAAAUUUCCAAAAUAACCAACCACUUACAUAUUGGGAAUGUGUCUAUUUACUAAUGGUUACAAUGUCCACUGUUGGCUAUGGAGAUGUUUAUGCAAAAACAACCCUUGGUCGCCUUUUCAUGGUCUUCUUCAUCCUUGGGGGAUUGGCCAUGUUUGCCAGCUACGUCCCUGAAAUCAUAGAGUUAAUAGGAAACCGCAAGAAAUAUGGUGGUUCCUAUAGUGCGGUUAGUGGAAGAAAGCACAUAGUUGUCUGUGGUCAUAUAACACUUGAAAGUGUGUCCAACUUCCUGAAGGACUUCCUGCACAAGGACAGGGAUGAUGUGAACGUGGAAAUCGUCUUUCUGCAUAAUAUCUCCCCUAACCUUGAGCUGGAAGCUCUUUUUAAACGACACUUCACUCAGGUGGAAUUUUAUCAGGGAUCAGUUCUCAAUCCGCAUGACUUGGCAAGAGUAAAGAUAGAGUCAGCAGAUGCAUGCCUAAUCCUUGCCAAUAAAUACUGCGCUGACCCAGAUGCUGAAGAUGCCUCCAAUAUUAUGAGAGUAAUUUCCAUAAAGAAUUACCAUCCGAAGAUAAGAAUUAUCACUCAGAUGCUGCAGUAUCAUAACAAGGCCCAUCUGCUAAAUAUCCCAAGCUGGAAUUGGAAAGAAGGGGAUGACGCAAUCUGUCUUGCUGAGCUCAAGCUGGGUUUCAUAGCCCAGAGCUGCCUGGCACCGGGCCUCUCGACAAUGCUAGCCAAUCUCUUCUCUAUGAGGUCAUUCAUAAAGAUUGAGGAGGAUACGUGGCAGAAAUACUAUCUAGAAGGAGUCUCAAAUGAAAUGUAUACAGAAUAUCUAUCUAGUGCCUUUGUGGGUCUGUCUUUCCCUGCAGUUUGUGAACUGGUGUUUGCGAAGCUAAAGCUCUUAAUGAUAGCCAUAGAAUACAAGUCAGAAAAACGGGAAAGCAGAAGCCGAAAGCGUAUAUUAAUCAAUCCUGGAAACCAUGUCAAGAUUCAAGAAGGUACUUUAGGAUUCUUCAUUGCAAGUGAUGCCAAAGAAGUGAAAAGGGCAUAUUUUUACUGCAAGGCCUGUCAUGAUGACAUCACAGAUCCCAAAAGGAUAAAAAAAUGUGGCUGCAAACGGCUGAUCUAUUCCAAGAUGUCCAUCUACAAGAGAAUGAAACUGGCAUGUUGUUUUGAUUGCGGACGCUCUGAGCGUGACUGCUCUUGCAUGUCAGGCAGUGUACAUAGUAACAUGGACACCCUUGAGAGAGCCUUCCCACUUUCUUCUGUCUCUGUUAAUGAUUGCUCCACCAGUUUACGUGCCUUUGAAGAUGAACAUCCGUCGACACUGUCACCCAAAAAAAAGCAGCGAAAUGGAGGCAUGAGAAAUUCACCCAACUCCUCGCCCAAACUGAUGAGGCAUGACCCCUUGUUAAUUCCCGGCAAUGAGCAGAUUGACAACAUGGAUGCCAGUGUGAAAAAAUAUGACUCCACGGGGAUGUUUCAUUGGUGUCCAGGAAAGGACAUUGAAAAGGUCAUAUUGACCCGGAGUGAAGCAGCGAUGACAGUUUUAAGUGGUCAUGUGGUCGUUUGCAUAUUUGGGGAUGCUAAGUCUGCAUUGAUUGGAGUAAGAAAUCUAGUGAUGCCAUUACGAGCCAGCAACUUUCACUACCAUGAACUCAAGCACAUUGUAUUUGUGGGUUCACUUGAAUAUCUGAAAAGGGAAUGGGAGACACUACAUAACUUCCCCAAGGUUUCAAUCUUGCCUGGUACGCCAUUAAGUCGGGCUGAUUUAAGGGCUGUCAACAUCAACCUCUGCGACAUGUGCGUUAUCCUGUCAGCCAAUCAGAAUAAUAUUGAUGAUGCUUCGCUGCAGGACAAGGAAUGCAUCUUGGCGUCACUCAACAUCAAAUCUAUGCAGUUUGAUGACAGCAUUGGGGUCUUGCAGGCUAAUUCCCAAGGGUUUACACCACCAGGAAUGGAUAGGUCAUCUCCAGACAACAGUCCAGUCCAUGGUCUGUUACGUCAACCCUCAAUCACAACAGGAGCCAACAUUCCUAUUAUAACAGAGCUAGCUAAGCCUGGCAAACUUCUGCCUUUGGUUUCAAUCAGUCAGGAAAAAAACAGUGGAACCCACAUACUAAUGAUAACUGAACUGGUAAACGAUUCAAACGUUCAGUUUUUGGACCAAGAUGACGACGAUGACCCAGACACAGAACUGUAUCUUACACAGCCAUUUGCAUGUGGAACUGCAUUCGCCGUCAGUGUAUUGGACUCCCUCAUGAGUGCUACAUACUUCAAUGACAAUAUCCUCACAUUGAUACGGACUUUGGUAACAGGAGGAGCCACACCAGAGCUGGAAGCGCUGAUUGCUGAGGAGAAUGCACUGAGAGGAGGCUACAGCACGCCCCAGACACUUGCAAACAGGGACAGGUGUCGAGUUGCUCAGUUGGCUUUGUAUGAUGGGCCAUUUGCAGACCUAGGGGAUGGUGGUUGUUAUGGAGAUCUGUUUUGUAAAGCACUGAAAACAUACAAUAUGCUUUGUUUUGGAAUUUACCGAUUGAGGGAUGCACAUCUAAGCACACCAAGCCAAUGCACUAAACGCUAUGUUAUCACAAAUCCACCAUAUGAGUUUGAGCUUGUGCCCACAGACUUGAUCUUCUGUUUGAUGCAAUUUGACCACAAUGCUGGCCAGUCCCGGGCCAGUCUCUCUCAUUCCUCCCAUUCUUCCUACUCCUCCAGCAAAAAGAGCUCAUCGUUUCACUCUAUCCCAUCGACAGCAAACCGACAGAACCGCACCAAGACUCGGGACUCCCGGGAAAAACAGAAUGCAACAAGGAUGAAUAGAAUGGGCCAAGCAGAAAAGAAAUGGUUUACAGAUGAGCCGGAUAAUGCCUAUCCCAGAAACAUUCAAAUCAAGCCCAUGAGCACUCAUAUGGCCAAUCAGAUCAAUCAGUAUAAAUCUACAAGCAGCUUGAUACCACCAAUCAGAGAAGUUGAAGAUGAAUGUUGACUCACAGGAGGCCAGAACUAUUUUUUUAAAAGCCUGACAAACUUCAUGAAUGGUGAUGUGACAUUUGUUCCUCUUACAUGCCGACCCACUGGUGGAAAAGUUAUAAAGGGCGAGUGUUAUGGAAAAAUAAAGUAGACAGAUCUUUGUUUGUCUGCCUUUAAUAUCACUUCCAUGUAUUUUGGAAACUAUUUCAUUUAUAAAUGAACAUAUUCAAAAAUAGUCAUGUAUAGCCUCUAGCAUUUUAAAUUAUUUUUAUUUAUUAGAAAGAAAAUAUAUUUUUCUUUUUGUUUUGUUUUUUCAUUGUCAAAUAUUUUUUCCCCUUAAAACAGCUGCAUAUGUGGCCAGACUCCUAAAAAUUUUAAAAAAGAAAAUCUGCUCUUGCUAUCUCUCAUCUUUAAGGAGAAUGAUGGUCACAAUGAUGAGGAAAUGUAACCAAUGGAGAUAAAUAAUAUAUUA